AUGCCCAUCAUCAGCAAUGCUAACCACGACUUUAGCAAUCUUUCGGUCAGCACAGACGACAGCAGUCUUGACUUGUUCUUCACUGAAAUCCCAGAGACUGAAACCAUCAAAGGCGUGUACUUUCAGCGGGCCCAGCGAUUAUGUGGGAUCUCCACCCUGAGAGACGUAGAUCACAGUAAACUAGCCCUCAUUAAUGUUGGAGGGGAUCGCUACACGUUCCCCUGGAGCACACUGGAUGAGUUCCCCCUCUCUCGGCUGGGACAGCUGCGUCACUGCAGCAGCCCGGAUGAUAUCGCCCAGCUCUGUGACGACUAUGACGAGGCCCGACGGGAGUUUUUCUUCGACCGCAGCUCAAUAGCCUUCAGGGUCAUCCUAAACUUUCUGGCCGCAGGGAAACUGAGACUGCUGCGGCAGGUCUGUGCUGUGUCGCUGUCGGAUGAACUCACAUACUGGGGCAUCGACCCUGUUCAUAUGGAGCGCUGCUGCCGGCGUAAGCUGCUGUCUCGUGUGGAGGAUGUGGCAGAGAAGAAGAGGAAGGAGGAUGAGAGGAAGCAGAAGAGGCAUGCCCUACAGAGGCCUCUAGCGCAGGACAAGGGCUACAUCCGGCUCAUGAAUCGACUGCAGGAGAUAGUGGAAAACCCUCAUUCCGGCUGGCCCGGGAAGCUCUUUGCAUGUUUCUCUGUGGUCAUGAUUGCAGUGACGGUUAUCAGCUUGUGUAUCAGCACCAUGCCUGAUCACGAAAGCAAGGGUGAAUGCUCAGAAAAGUGCCGCAACAUAUUCAUUGUGGAAACGGUGUGUGUGGCCUGGUUCUCCAUGGAGUUUUUGUUGCGGUUCCUGCAGGCUGAAAGCAAAAUGCAGUUUCUUCGAAAUCCACUUAAUGUUAUCGAUGUCAUAGCCAUUCUACCAUACUACAUUUCUUUGGUUGUCGAUAGCGAAGAUACUUCUGAUGAAGCUGAGCUUAAUGGUGCCGGGACAAGUCAUGGAUAUUUAGAUAAACUGGGUUUAAUACUGCGGGUCAUGCGGGCCCUGCGAAUCCUCUAUGUAAUGCGACUGGCAAGACACUCAUUGGGCCUUCAGACGCUUGGUCUUACAAUGCAGCGAAGCAUGCGAGAGUUUGGACUCCUGCUACUUUUCCUCCUCGUUGCUGUGGCUUUAUUCUCACCUCUUGUCCACUUAGCAGAGAAGGAAUUCAGCAAGGGCAAAGCCACUGGUCCCAAUAGCUUUAGCAGCAUCCCUGCGUCCUAUUGGUGGGCAAUCAUAUCCAUGACCACGGUCGGCUAUGGUGACAUGGUGCCAUACAGUAUACCUGGCCAGGUUGUGGCCUUUAGCAGCAUAUUGAGUGGUAUUCUCAUUAUGGCUUUUCCAGCAACAUCCAUCUUCCAUGUUUUCUCUCGUUCAUAUCACGAACUGAAGCGUGAACAAGAAAUGAUUUAUAAAGAAGAGCGAGUGGCCAUCCUGGAUGCCACUGCUAAAGAGGAUGCCCAGAGACUCCUGAAGAGAGACUCUUUUUCUUGGGCCAUUGCUAACAGAAAUAGCCUACGUAAGGACAAUGGCACAACUGCCAUUCAGCCAACCCUCACUGCUGCUGCAUGCUGCAAUGACAUCUGA